UUAAACCGUCAAAAAUAGGGGUAGGUUAUAGGACAAACUUUAGAUCUGUAACGUAGUCAUCAAUUUAGCACCGAUUAGUAUUAAUAUAAAUGGACCAAUUUAAAAUAUAAAAGUAAAUAAGUUUACAAUACAAUUGUAAUCUACGCAUAUAUAUAAAAUAUAUUAACAUUGGUUGAGUAUUGAAUUGAUAGAAGUAAUUUAAACAGCAUUUUAACGGUUUGUGUACGUUAAUAAUUGUUCAGUCUACUGUUACAUUGAUGGUAAAUCAUCUUUUUACGAAGAAAUAAAUCGUAAAAUUUACAUUUCUAUACAGCAAAAAAGACAAAAUGCGUCCUGACACACGAAGCAUCUCAUUUACUUUUCAUCGGCAAGCAUUAACUGAUCAUAAUUCUCCACAAAUAUCACGAGGACGAAGAAAUUUUCGUCAAAGACUGCAAGAUCGAUUUGAUAAAGAAAAAAAUUAUGAAAAUACAAAAGAAAGAACAGUGGUUACUAAAAAAAGCAGUAAACACAGCUGGAAUAACAUUAAUUUAAGUUCUGUUUCGGCUGAUUCAAGACGUGUUUUACGUAAUGGAGCAGAAAAAUUGUCUAAAACUAUUUUGUCGGUUCGAACAACAUUUGGGACCAUUUCUCAAAAAUUCCGUAGUUCAACACGUCGAAGGCAAAUUCUAGAUGAACAACAAUCACCAACAGCUUGUAAUUCUUUUACACCACAAACUCGAUCAAAGCAUCUAUUAGGACGUACUCCAACCAAGCUAUAUAGCCCAUUUGGUAUUGAAUCACCAGCAUCACCUGCGUGGAAUAAAGAAAACAAAGAUAUCACUUCAUCAUCCGCUUCAUCCAAAUCAAACCGUACACGCGAACCUUCUCGAUCAUUUUGUUUCAUAAAAACACGAGGUUUCACCAGUUUAAGAUAAACAUCUAUACAUGGAUUAAUAAUGCUCACACUGAUACUAUCGUGUAUUAAUAAGCUUGCCUAUUAUUUUUAAAUAUUAUCAUAAUGCCUUCAUCGACAAAUAAUUUUACAUUUGUCAAUUAUUUAUUUAUAGUUGUUAAAUCAUUUACUUCAACUAUUUAUCACUGACUGUUGAAAGUAGACAAUUAAAAAUCAUUUAAACUAUUUAUUAUGUACAUUCAAAUGUAUGA